CGCAGAGAGGAUUCCAUUCAAGGGAGAUGAAAGCUAUUGAUUACGUGGAUUUUUCGUGCUCCUAAUAAACUUUUUGCCAGGGGGUUUUCUAAACGGAAUUAUUUUAUUCAGAGCAUUUGGAAAGGGAUCGAAUGGAAUCGGAUUAUAUCAUCCAAGAAGAUAAUCUCAGUGCAAAAAUAUCCAGGUUUAAUGUUUUGCCAUGGCGCGAUGGUUCGCGAGACACGUGACCGACUCUAUCCAAUCAUGGUGCGACAACGACAGCCAUGUCUUCUUUGUUCUGGAUUUAUCAACGUUACUGACUAAUUGCUAGUUUAAAGUUUAUGGAUUGUUUAAAUAUCGCGUCUUUAAUCGCUAAGGAAUGCUUUCGAAUGCAACGUAUCUUAAAAAGAAGACUUGUUCUCGGAAUUUCCUGCUUAAAACCAGUUGAAGCCACACGAGUACUGGUGUGUCACAUGACUCUCCCUGCCCCCACUUUGAUCCAAUGAAGAGGAAGAAGAAGUCGGACAUGUUUGAGGGAAAUGUGUUGAAUAAAGAAACGUGGCCGAAGACAAGAAGAAAAUCAGGAUUUUACCCAAACAAUGAGGAAUUCGACAUAUAUGCUUUUCCUUUAUAUUUUCAAUUCACUUAAUGUGGAUAGAGGUAUAUGUUAGAAGAUUUAGAUUUAUUUUUAGAAAACAAAAUUCAGUUGUAAAACAUUGUUAAUAAUUCAAAUCAGGCGUUUUGGUUUAAAUAAUUUAUAGAUAACGAACAAUUUGACCGGUUUAGCGUAUUUUGUUUCCCACAAUCUGUGACAUUGUUUCAAAUCUGUAACCUUGUCAUGGGGGAUGGGCGGAAAGAUAUUUGACUAAAACCCGUUGUUAGUGUUUACACUUAAAAAUCGUUUGAAAAUACAGGUUGUAAUCGUUGUAAUAUACUUUAACAUUGGUUAGUGGCUUCUGGAAGAAAGUCUUAAUUUGUGUGUUUCAAGUGUCCUCUAAAAAAAGUAUUACGGCUUAUUUGAAAACCUCGACGUGAUUUGUUAGUAAUGAUGGCCUUUUAUUAUAUGAUGGCCUUUUAUUAUAAUAAACACACAUUUGAGGCAAAUCAUACGUAUUUUCGGUGUUGUAGAUGAUUUUGGCUUUGGUAGUUAGAGCUCGAUGCUGGCCUAAUCGCGAUAGUGUCUUUUUUCGAAGUUUUGUGUAACUUUUUAAAGUAAUUCGAAUGUUUACGUAACUUUAGAUCAAUUUAACUGAGUUUAAACCUAUAUGUGCGGUAAUUGUCUUCAAAACUACGUGUCGUCGUUUAAAAAACCGAAGUUGCUGCGUCAUUUAUGAAGGACACUCCUUGAAGGCCAUGUUGGAUCGACACAGAGAAGGGCAUCGGCUUUUUUGUUUGCUUGAGAGUCUGAGUUUGCUAACGUUAGGUGUUUUCUUACACUGGGUUAAAAAGUCAACGUAGCAUUGUUUUUGUUUAUUUUAGGCCUCGGAUUUGCUGUUUUACUUUCAUUCUACUUCCUACUUUACAUCACGAGGUUGCCUAGUUUAGAUGUUGGGGAUUUUAUGUGGUAUUUUUGUAAUUUUCAGGCAGUGGAUGAGAAGCGGGCUGUAAGCCGAGGGGAGUGGUACGUGUGCGUGCCGCAUUUGUCUUUUACGCGUGACUGAUCGGUCGGGCCAAUGGCGUGUCUCCAACCUGCUCUCGAUGAGCGCGCCUUAGUUCUGAGCAGCCAAUCAGCGAAGUCUGUUGACGUAACACAACUGUUAAGAAACGCAGCAUUUCUGGAAAAGUUACCGCGUCUUUGAGUGUUUUAAAUUAUUCGCCGACAUGUUUGACUGAAUGUUUGUCUCAUAUCUAUGGCAGUGGCAUUGCUUAGGCAAGUGUUUUUUGUGAAAUAAUCUGGUUUAAAUCCACAAAUCGGUCGCCGGGGGAUGCGCGGGCGUGGUAUAUUUGAUUGACAGCUAGAGCGGCCAGUAGAAUUCGCGUAGGCGUGUACGUUUGGCGUUCCAUGAGCCAAUGGAGCCGUCGAUGGGUUUAUAAAAAGACGGGCGGAGCCUUUACGUCGCCAUUUCAUUGUAGCUCUGAGCAGGAGAAUAGAGGAAGUCGGGAAAACAGGGUCAAGAAACUCCGAUCCGCGAGCGAAACCGGUUUAUAAACGGAGUACGGAUCCAUCCCGAUGGAGACGGCCAUUAGCCCGCUCUUUGACAGCUCUCUGGGCGGGGGCGACAGCAUGCAGGGGGUCAUCAUGAUGGAGCAGAGCAUCUCCACUCCCGGCAAACGCAUCCGCAAGCCGUCGCUGCUGUACGAGGGGUUUGAGGGACCUGCUCUGCCCCAGAUGCCUCAAUCUGGACCCCCUCAACCCCCUGUUCAGGACCCCGCUCGACAGGGCCGCAUGACCAACCAACUGCAGUUCCUCCAGAAGGCUUUGCAGAAGACGCUUUGGAGGCAUCACUUUGCCUGGCCUUUCCAUGAGCCGGUGGAUGCUACCAAACUCAACCUGCCUGAUUAUUACAAAAUCAUUAAACAGCCCAUGGAUAUGGGGACUAUCAAGAGAAGACUGGAAAACAACUAUUACUGCAGUGCCAGCGAGUGCUUGCAGGAUUUUAACACCAUGUUUACCAACUGCUACAUCUACAACAAGCCAACAGAUGACAUCGUCCUGAUGGCUCAGUCUCUGGAGAAGGCUUUCCUGCAGAAGGUUGCACAGAUGCCCCAAGAGGAGGAAGAGAUUCCCGCCCCUGUCCCGAGGGGCAAACAGGGCAAACCUCAAAAAGGCCAUAAAUCAAUAUCAGGUGGAUUCACGACAGCUCAUCAGGUCCCUGCGAUAUCUUCCGUGUCCCUGUUGGCCUACUCCCCUCCCACUCCAGACACCCCAGACUCGGUCUUCUCCACCCCACCGCAGACGCUUAUAACCAAGACUUUGCUUCCCACUUUACACAGCACCCCUGCACUGAUGGGCCUGCCCCCUACCCAACCGACUGCAAAGAAAAAGGGUGUCAAGCGCAAGGCAGACACGACCACCCCCACCACCACAAGCAUGCCGCUCACUAUGGGUGUAGGUGGGAUGGGUCUCAGCAUGGGCGGAGGUGACUCCCUUCUCACCCUCUCCGCUUUGGGUGGCGACCCCAAACAGAGCCUGUCCCUGGGCCUGGGCAUGGGUCUUGGUGGAGGCAUGGUUGGAGACAAAGUACUGGCAAGACGAGGUGGCAGUGGCAGGCCCAUCAAACCACCACGAAAAGACUUGCCCGACUCCCAGAACCAACAUCAGCCGGUUCGUCGCGGGAAGAUGAGCCAGCAGCUUCGGUACUGCAGCACGAUUCUCAAAGAGCUGCUGUCAAAGAAGCAUGCGGCCUACGCUUGGCCCUUCUACAAGCCAGUGGACGCUUCCUCACUGGGACUGCACGACUAUCAUGAUAUCAUCAAGUAUCCCAUGGAUCUAAGCACAAUUAAGAGGAAAAUGGAUCAUCGUGAGUACAGGGAUGCGUUGCAGUUUGCUGCUGACAUCAGGCUAAUGUUCUCCAACUGUUACAAGUACAAUCCCCCAGAUCACGAUGUGGUGGCCAUGGCUCGAAAAUUACAGGAUGUCUUUGAGUUCCGCUUCGCCAAGAUGCCAGACGAGCCCCUGGUGUCCCACCCACCUGCGUCUCUGGGCGGAGGCCUGGGCGGUCACUCCUCCUCUUCCUCCUCCUCUUCCUCCUCGUCAUCAGAGAGCGACGUGAGCAGCGAGAGUGAGAGCGAGAGCAGCCCGAGCUCCGACAGCGAGGAGGAGCGAGCGAAUCGCCUGGCCCAGCUUCAGGAACAGGUGUGUACACCGUUGAGAGCGGUGCACGAGCAGCUGGCUGCGCUGUCCUCUACACCCAUCAUCAAGCCCAAGAAGAAGAAAGAAAAGAAAGACAAGAAGAAAAAGAAGAAGCUGGAGAAACACAAGCGGCCCAGGAGUAUGAUGGAGGAUGAUGCACUCAUCCGGCCGCCCAAAACGCCAAAACUCUCCAAGACACCAAAGAGCAGGAGUAACAGCAAAGCGGCGAGCUCCACUCAGAGCAAGAAGACCUCCAAUAAGAAGAGCAGCAAGAGCAAAUCCUCAAAGAAAUCUCAAGCCCCUUCUUUUAACUCUCAAAUGAGCCAAGGAGGUCUCACGCCACACUACGACUCUGAGGAGGAAGAGGAGACCAGCCCCAUGAGCUACGACGAGAAGCGGCAGCUCAGUCUGGACAUCAACAGGCUGCCGGGCGAGAAACUGGGACGCGUCGUUCACAUCAUCCAAUCACGAGAGCCCUCGCUGCGUGACACCAACCCCGAGGAGAUCGAGAUCGACUUCGAGACGCUCAAGCCGUCCACGCUGCGUGAGCUGGAGAACUACGUCAUGAUGUGCUUACGCAAGAAACCACGGAAACCUAGCGUGUCUGUCAAAGGAACUGCAGGCAAAUCCCGUGAGGAACUGGCUCUGGAGAAGAAGAGAGAGCUGGAGAGACGACUGCAGGACGUCAGCGGCCAGCUCAACUCUGCCAAGAAACCACAGAAAACCAAAGUGGAGAAGCCCACCGGGGUGGAGGCUCAUGCCACGGCGUCUCGUCUCAGCGCCAGCAGCUCCAGCUCAGACUCCUCCUCCUCGUCCUCCUCUUCCUCCUCCUCUGACACCAGUGACUCAGACUCAGACUGAAAGAACGGACAUCAAAUAAAACAUGCACUCCAGCCCAGAAUAGAAUAGCGUUCUGCUCUUGAUAACAGUAACUAAUGAAAUUAUGUUUAAAGAAGAGCAGUGUUUCUCUUUAGAUGUGUAGAAGCAGGUCAGAGAGAAUUCUGGGAAAUGUUGGACUGAGAAGGAACUGGCAGACCUUUCUGUUAGUCCAUCCUUCUUUACUUUGUGUAUAUACAUGUACAAAGAUAUAUAAAUAUCUAUUUUCUUUUAUAAAGAAGAAUUGUAAGCUAUUCCCUGGUAGGGAAGAAAACUUAAA